AUGAAGCAGAGAAUAAGCUCUUUGGACAUCGAACUUUUGUAUAGAGAACUUAAGCCAAGACUGGAAGGCUAUCGACUGUCCAACAUCUAUAAUGUUUCGGACUCAAAUCGUCAAUUCCUGCUCAAGUUUAACAAGCCCGACUCUAAACUCAAUGUGAUAGUCGACUGCGGUUUGAGGAUCCAUCUCACCGAAUACAACAGGCCCGUACCACCCACGCCAUCGAGUUUUGUGGUCAAAAUGCGGAAACAUUUGAAAUCUAAACGGUUGACCACAGUCAAAAGAGUGAAAGACGACAGAAUUCUCGCGCUCUCAUUUGGUGAUGGUCAGUUUUUCCUAGUACUGGAGUUUUUUAGCGCCGGAAACGUUAUUUUGCUGGACUCUCAGCGGAAAAUCAUCGCUUUACAAAGAAUAGUUCACGAGCACGAAAACAAAGUGGGCCAAAUAUAUGAAAUGUUUGACGAAACCUUUCUUGAUGAUACAACUAUCGAAAUGCCCGCUCCAAAAACGUUUACCACCGAAGAAGUGACCAAAUGGUUUCAUGAUGCCAAAGACCUGGCUCAAAGUACGGUCAAGUCUCAAAAAUCUGGAAAAGCGCCAAAAGUGCCAUCCAUUCACAAGCUGCUUUUCCUGCGUGAACCCCAUUUGUCUUCGGAUCUUAUUUCCCGUAACCUAAAGUUGCGGGACUUCAAUCCCAAUGCAUCGUGUUUGGAAUUCGAGGAUCGUGUAGACUUGAUAGUGGAACUCCUCAAUGCUACUGAGGUCGAAGUUUCGAGUAUCUUGAGAUCAGGCUGCUCGACAGGGUUCAUCGUCUCUAAAAAAAAUCCUCUUUAUGAUCCCGAACAAAAAGAUCCUAGUACAGAGUUUGUCUACGAGCAAUUCCAUCCUUUUACCCCAUUUUUGGACGACAAUGUCAAGAGAGAAGUGAAAAUUGUAGAGAUUACCGGGACUUACAAUCACACGGUCGAUGAGUUCUUCUCCACCAUUGAGUCAUCUAAAUAUGCGUUGCGUAUUCAAAAUCAAGAGCAUCAAGCGAAGCAAAGACUGCAGGAUGCAAAACUAGACAACGAUAAGAGAAUCCAGGCUCUCAUAGAUGUCCAAGCUCAGAAUGAACUAAGAGGGCAUACCAUCAUCGCGAACGCAAGUCUCGUUGAAGAGGCUCAGAACGCUGUGAAGACCCUUGUUGAACAACAAAUGGACUGGAAAACCAUCGAAAUGUUGAUUUCGAACGAGCAGAAAAAGGGCAAUAGCAUCGCUAAAGCAAUCAAGCUACCGUUAGAUCUUCAGAACAACAGGAUAGGGCUUGAACUCGUCAUCGAAAGCGAAACAGGAGCUGAAUCAUCUGAUGAUGACAGCACUAGCUCUUCGUCUGGAUCAGAGUCCUCAACUGACUCGGAGAGCGAUAGUUCAUUAUCGGACUUUGAAGCAGAUGAAAACGAAGAUGAAGGUGAGCACGGAGAAGCGUCAAAGCGCGCUGUUGGGAAAAAGCCCUCGCGUCGUGAUAAUAAGCCGAAGUUGACCAUAGACGUAAGUGUCGAUCUUAUUCUCUCUGCAUAUGCUAAUGCGUCGAACUACUUUGACAUCAAGAAGUCAACAUUUGAGAAACAGAAGAAAGUGGAACAAAAUGCAAAUAGAGCUUUGAAGAACAUCGAGCAAAGGAUAGACCGCGACCUCAAGAAAAAGCUCAAAGAAACGCAUGAUGUGCUGAACAGAACAAGGACACCUUAUUUCUUCGAGAAAUAUAAUUGGUUUGUUUCCAGCGAAGGCUUUUUGGUUCUCAUGGGGAAAAGUGGACAAGAAACCGAUCAAAUCUUCAGUAGAUACAUCCAAGACAAUGAUGUCCUUGUUUUCAACAGCUUCGACAUCACUGUGUGGAUAAAGAACCCCGAUGAAACAGAAAUUCCUCCAAAUACUCUAAUGCAAGCAGGAAUAAUGUGUAUGUCAGCUUCUCCCGCGUGGUCCAAGAAAAUCCAGUCUUCCGCCUGGUGGUGCUUUGCCAAAAAUGUGAGUAAAUUCGACAGCUAUGGCGGGGAAGUUCUAGCACCGGGAAGUUUUCAAUUGAAAAAUGAAAAGCAGAAAUCCUUCCUCCCCCCUUCUCCAUUGGUUAUGGGUUUCGCACUCUUAUGGAAAAGUGGUUCAGCUGAAGCCGAAGGAGGAGAGCUCGAAGAUUUGCAGGAGGUCCUGCAAGAAGAAAGCGAGCACCGUAAUGAAACGAAUAUCUCGGAUGAUGACGAUGAGACGGUGGACAAUGAUGCAUCCGAAAUUGGCAUUGAAACCGAGAGAGCCGAAGUCGGAAUCGAACGUCUAGAUUUGGGGAAUCCAGUGAGCGAGGCCCCAGAUGAUGAGUCCGCGGCAGAAGCAACCGACCAAGACAGUGAGUCCGGAGCACAGGCAGCCGGUGAAGAAAGCGAAUCCGGAGCGGGGCCGUCCGCAGAUUUUGGAGCCGGAGCUGAGCCGUCCGCAGAUUUUGGGGCCGGAGCGCUGACUACCGGUCGGGCAGCGGACACCGGAGUGGACUCUGCCGUCAAAAACAGCACCAGUUCUCAGCUCGCCGCUUCAGUAUCGGAGGAACCUGAAUUUUCAGCCAGCACACCCGCAAAGAAGGUAAGAGGAAAGAAAGGCAAGCUCAAGAAAAUGAUGAGGAAAUAUGCCGAUCAGGAUGAGGAGGAGAGAAGAAUGAGGCUCGAGGCUCUUGGUACCCUCAAGGGCGCGGAAAAACAGAGAAGCAAGGAAGAAGAAGAGAAAUUGAAGCAGCAAGAAAGAGAUUACAAGAAGGCGAGACGGGAAAGACAGAAGAAACAACAGUCGCUCAAGUUCGAUCCUAAAGAAAAGUUGAACGUGGAUUAUCAUAAGAUAUUGAAUGAGUUAUGUCCUGUGCCAGCCGACGGGGGCGUGAAGGAAAUCAUCCCGGUUUUUGCACCUUGGACGGCAUUGAACAAAUACAAAUACAAGGUGAAGAUUCAGCCUGGAAAUGCUAAAAAGACAAAAACUCUGCAUGAGAUUCUCCACUACUUUUUGUCUAGAAAAGUUGACGAAGAAAGCAGCGACAAGGAAUUGGAUUGGCCCAUCGAGCAUGAGCACAUCAAAGCUUUGAAAGACUUGGAGCUCGUUCCUCUCAUUUACACAGACAAACUAAAGGCCACUAUUCCUGGGCAGAACGAAUCAAAGGGCAAAUCUAAAGGAGGGGCAAAGGGAAAGGGUAAGAAAGCCGGCAAAUGA